GCCCUCCUCCCGUCCCUGAUUCGGCGCCGGAGCCCCGGGUGCCCGAGCCCCCCUCCCAGCCCCGGCCCCCGCCGCCGCCGCGGCUCCGAGCUGUCAGUGCGCAGGCAGCGCCGCGGCCCCGCUCCGCUCCGCGCUCCGAGCCCUCGCCGCGGAGCCGCCGCCGCGGGGCGCAGCAGAUACAAUGAUGACACUGAACAUUCCGAUCAUCUUUAGCCUCCUUUGCUGCAUGAUUUUUCUUCCUGCAGAUGGCUUCCCAGCAGACAGCAGUACUGAAUUUCGCUCUGCUUUCUCUGUGGCCAGAACCAGCAGCAUGGAAGGGAGCUCUGAGAUGGUGAUUACCUUUGACAAAGUGUAUGUGAAUAUUGGCAAUGAUUUCGACCCCAAGACUGGGUUGUUCCGCUGCCGGAUCCCUGGAGCCUACUACUUCUCCUUCACUGUUGGGAAAUACCCCAAGAAGAACUUGUCUGUCAUGCUGAUGAGGAACAAGAAUGAGGUGCAGGUAAUUGUGUACGAUGAACAUCACCGCAAGGAACGGAAGGUGGCCAGCCAGAGUGCCAUGCUGCAGCUUGACUACGGGGACACCGUUUGGCUGCGCUUACACGGAGAUCCCAAGUACGCUCUUUACAGCAAUGUGGGCCCCUAUACCACUUUCAAUGGCUACCUGAUCUAUCCAGACACUUCUGCCUUCUUCCAGAAUGCUCUCAGCUCUCAAGAGCUUGGGCCACACCCUCACACAAUUCAGCAACUUCCCAGGGAGCAGAAUGAAGCUUCACAGCGACACGUGCUGUCUGACCAGCCAAGGGUACAAGACCCUCGCUCUGCCUUCUCUGUUGCCCGCACACAAAGUCUCCUGGGGACAGAUGAGAAGCAAACCCAGCACGAGCCAAUCACAUUUGAUACAGAGUUUGUGAAUAUUGGAAAAGAUUUCAAUUCCUCCACUGGCAUCUUCACAUGCCGUAUACCUGGUGCAUACUAUUUCUCCUUCACCAUUGGCAAAAUGCCCUUUAAGACUAUGUCAGUGAAACUGAUGAAGAACCACAAUGAGGUGCAGGCCAUGAUCUAUGAUGACAACCACUCCAAGAGGCGGGAGAUGCAGAGCCAGAGCAUCAUGCUGCCUCUGCAGUAUGGGGACACGGUUUGGCUCUACAGCCAUCAGCACGAUGGCUAUGGCGCCUACAGCAACCACGGCAAGUACAUCACCUUCACAGGCUUCCUCAUCUAUUCAGAGGCUCAGCCAAAGUGGCUCCCAGGUGCCAGCUCACCUCAAGGGUCAAACAAUUAAAUGCAGAUGUGAAAGGAGCAUAAGAAGAGCCGAGGUGCCAUGAACUUGAGUAUAGCUUCUCUGAAUGUCAUCCUGUGCUUUGAGCAUGCUGUCAUGUGUCCAGUGCUUUCCAGACGCUUGUGCCCUGUCUGCAGGGCCACUGCUGUGUGUGCCAUUCAUCCGUAGAGAGGCCUUCCAGGUUGUAGCUGUGUGUCCCGUGUUGGUGUUUGAUUUAACAUAAAGCAUGAGGUAGUUUGGGGGCAGGGGUGGGGCAGUGUAGUGGGAUGCUGAGGAUCAGAGAACUAUUGCAGAUCUCCAGCAUACAGAGAGCAAAGGGCAUGGUGACUUUAAUUGUUUAUCCAGGGAGGGAAUAAAUGUAAUGAAAAUGAAUGUAAUAAAAAUACAAAAGAUGUGAAUGUUCUCACUUUGGAAUUUAUGCUACUUUGUGAGAUUUGUGUGCUUGUCACUGGCUGAGGUACCAGCUCAGGUGAGAGAGAAGCAUGUUAGUUGUGUGAGCUCAGAAUGUGUUACUGAGCCAGUCUGUCUGUAUACACUCUUUUUAAUCAUUUGUGUGUGUGAAGGGUUGGUACCUCUUAUUAUUUUAUUGCAAGUUUCACAGUCGUUUGUGCUUUUCUUUAUCUGAUGUAGAUGAAGUCAAGAAGCUGUGGUUGAGAAUCUCAGCUUCCAUUUAAUGUAAAGAAUACAUUUAGAAACAAACAAAAGAGCAAGCUUCUUGUAGUGAAAGAUAAGGGCUCGAAUCUGUGAAUGGACCAUGCUUUGAAAGCCUGGAAGCCAGGUAAGUAAGAAGAAAAAGAAAUGUAAUUUUAAAUCUCUGAAGAUCUGGAUCAGGAGCAGGCUCAUAACACUGAGUGUAAGUAGAACCACAGCAUGCAGUGGCACUGCUGACUGCAGGGGCUUUUCCUUCCCCUGAAAUGAGCCCCUUGGACACAGGGUGCUGCUGCCCCACCCUGUGCUGCACUGAUUGCCUCCUGCGGUCAGAGGAAACACCGGGUGAUGUUUCCAGCAUCCAGUGGUUUCCUACGAGUUCCAGCGAGAGUCUGUCCUGUGGAGAGGCUGCUGUGGCUGCAGAGGACACUGCUGUGUUCCUGCAGUCAGACAAACGGACAGGUGCCCGGCAGGAUCUGCUGAGGAGGUGGUGGAAGCACAGGAGGCUUCAGUGUAGCACCACUGGUGCUGUGUCAGCCGAGCCAAACCCUGGUUUGUAUCCCAAAAAUAGGUAAACUGCCAAAGGGCAUCAUGUUAAGCAUGCACAAAGGUUCAUGGCAUCACUUCAGUGUACUUUAUGAUCUGUUCAACAGGCAGCAAUGCUCUAAAACUGCUCCUAACAAAAUCCUGAGUUCAAAAUAGUGUGUUGGCAUCUGAGUCACAAGCCAACCCACUCAGCCUUUUUCCAUAUAUUGGCUCAGGCCUUACCUUCUCCAGCAAGACAGGAUUUUCGUGCCAUCUCAGCCCAGCUUUUUGAUGAUACUCUGCUCAAGCUGGACUUGAAUGCAGCCACUCGCUGUCACUCCAUACAUGUCCUAGACAUUAAAGACUGGGGGCAUAUUUGGCAAAAGGGUGAAGGGGAAAGAUUGGAAGUAUGUAAAAACCAGCCUAAGAAUAAUGGAACAUUAGGUGAGACAAGUUUUACUUCAAAUAAAAUUCCAAUUUUAAUUCCUAUAUCCUUUGGGGUGAAAAACAAACAAAGAAACAAACGAACCCCAAAGUGCAAACC